AUGAACCUCACCAUUGGCGUCAUCACGACAGUCCUAGUCCUGGUUCGACUAUUGUUCAAGAAAUUCUUCAGCUACAGGCGAGAACUCGGCGCCGACGACUGGGUCAUCCUGGCGACUGCGGCUGUCGGAGUCGUGUCCACCACCAUCAACAAGGUCGGCCUGACUGACAACGGGCUGGGCAAGGAUGUUUGGACCAUCUCGGUCGACGAACUGACCACCUUUAUCAUGUAUUUCUACGUCAUGGAAGUCCUGUACCUCACCGAAAUGUCCCUCAUCAAGCUCAGCCUGACGCUGUUCUACCUGUACAUCUUCCCGGGGACGACCAUCCGCCGCCUUCUCAUGGGGACUGCCAUCUUCAACGUCGUCUUUGGCUUUACGUUUGUCACGACGGCCAUCUUCCAGUGUACACCGGUGGACCGGUUCUGGACGCAGUACGUCGACCCCAACGUGCCUGGCCACUGCAUCGACAUCAAUACGUUUGCGUGGGUCCAAGCCGCGCUCAACAUCGCCGUGGAUUUGUGGAUGAUUGCGCUGCCGCUGAGCCAGAUUCAGAAGCUGCAGCUUCACUGGAAGAAGAAGAUUGGCGUCACUUUGAUGUUCUUGCUUGGAACCUUUGUCACCAUUGUCUCUAUUCUGAGAUUGCAGUCCCUCAUCACCUUUGCAAAUUCCACCAACCCAACGUGGGACGACUGGAUCGUGGGCUGGUGGUCGACCAUCGAGGUCAACGUUGGCAUCAUUUGCACAUGCCUGCCAGCCGUGCGGCUGAUUCUCGUGCGCGCGGCGCCUCGCAUCUUCAGCACCAACCUGUCCCGUAGCAAGUCUUCUUACCCGAGGCAAAAUGGCACCCACGAUCGGUACAGCAGGAACAGCAACAUCAUGGGCCACGAGCAGAUUGAGCUGGCGAGCAUCGAGACAAACAUGGUUGGAGAAGGAGAGAAGCUGAGGAAGCCGAGAACAUUCUUCAGCGUAGAAGGAUCAUGA